GACCGACUUCUCCUUUUGUCCAUUGUUCCUAUUCGCUUUAUAAAUUCGGCAACAUUAUAAUUAGGACUGUCAUUUUGCUGAAAUCUUCGAGCCAACCAUUUGACAGAUACAAAAUAAGAGCUUCAAGCAUCGUUGUCGCUUGGAAUUGAGUUUGUUUUAGAAUUUUUUUUCUGCUUGUGAAAAAUGUCUUUCUCACUGAAAAUGAAAAAUCUCAUACUUAUGAUUGCAUUCAUCACUUUUGCAUCUGGUCAUUACACGAUAAAUUCUACCUCAGUUUGCAGUGACCCCAUGUGUACGAAGGACGACAUACUUCCUUCUUCGGCCUCUUAUCAUACCAAAGGAUGUUACUGUGAUGAUCUUUGUGAAAUAUACGGCGACUGUUGUCAGAAUUAUAAUUUUACCAAACCAGAUAAUGUUGCAAAAUAUGGACAAGUUGAGUGUGUGCUUACAGAUAAGCAUUUCGUCAUGAUGGUAGCGUCAUGCAGCAGAGAUUUCAUUGAUAAUACUGACAUUAAACAGAACUGUCUGAUUGAUCCUGGCCAUCCGAUCUGGUCUGUACCGGUGAAUGGAAACGAUAGCAAAGUAGUUUACAAGAAUAUGUUCUGCGCAUUAUGCAACGGAGAGAAAAAUUAUACUUUCUGGAAUAUCAGUUACAGAUGUAAGGGUCACGUGGAUGUAAAUGAUUCCCUUAUUAUUACCGAAAAGCAAAUUAAAGAAGCGAAUUGUCAAUUACAAAAAUCAAACCCAUCUCAACAUAGAGAACAUCGCUGUGAAAAAAAUCUCGUGACAAGUUGUCUGAAUCAAUCUGUUGCAAAUUCUACUUUGACGAAAUGUGAAAGAGGGCCGUACGGUGUAAUUAGAAGCAACCUACAUAAGUCAUAUAAAAAUAUUCACUGCUUCAACUGUAGCAGAGCACAGAACGAAAAAAUCGUUUGUCAAACAAUAUCAAAAAUACCGACAUAUUUUCCUAGAAUUAUAGGGGGAAAAGGUUUCCCCCGUGCAAGUUACUUUAUUCUUCUUGAUUUCAACAGAGAUCGAAUGAGUAUCAAUGGACGUGUAGUUCAUCUCGCUUCUUGCAACAAUGGUUAUGUGUAUAAUCAUUUGGAAGGAAAAUGUUCUUUAGUGAUUCAUUCAACAGAAAACGGAAUGCUCCAGUUGAAUUGUUCUAUGAUAAAACUGAAACAAUUCGAAUUUACAAUUUUAGAAAAUAAUACCUUAUUCCAUAACAAAUCAAAAACAUUGCACGGGGAAGAGUUCUACACCUUAAACAGCAGUGAAGCUUUUAUCUGCAGUCAUAGGUUUCAACUUGUAACUGUACCCAGGAAGGAUUCGUCGAAAGAUUUGGAAUAUGAAAUUCUGUUAACAAUCACUGGAACCUCAAUAUCCCUGAUCGCUCUCUUCAUUUUCUUUAUAAUAUUUUGGAAAUUUCAGACCAUUUGGAACUUGUAUACUUGGAUAAACAUAUCUUAUGCAUUUUCUCUGUUUAUGGCCCAAAUCAUGUUUCUUUUAGCAGAAUUCAUUGGACAUGACUCUUCCUAUUGCCGUUCUCUGGCCAUUACCAUACAUUAUUUCUUUCUGGUUUCUUUCUUCUGGAUGAAUAUUAUCAGCUUCUGUGGGUACUUAUUAGUCUGUAAAAGUACAGCUUACACAAUGAUGAAUCGCGAAAGGAAAAAGUCUUUUCUGAUAUUCUCUCUAUAUGCUUGGUUAACGCCUUCACUGUUCAUAUUAGCAGCUGGAAUGAUAGAUAUAUUCCAACCGACAUCGGACUUUGCUCCGCAAUAUGGUAAAAUAUAUUGUUGGAUGAACACGAAACAUAGCAUUCUUCUGUUUUUUGCUCUGCCGCUACUUAUCAUCAUCAUACUCAAUAUGACAGCUUACUAUUUCACUAUUAAAACGAUAAAAAAAGUUCGCAAAAUGACUCGACAAAAAGAAGACCACAAGCAAAUCCAAACUCUCAUUGUCAGCGUAAAACUUUGUGUUCUGACGGGAAUAACCUGGGUAAUUGGCUUCUUAGCCGCCAUUACCGGCCUUUCUGUUCUUAGAAUUUUAUUUAUUAUUCUCAACUCUACAUUUGGAUUGUGGGUUACUAUUUGCUUCCUUCGCACACGAGCAAUAAUUGGAGGUUUCAAACAAUCCUUCAAAUCAUUUCGUGAAUCUUUUCGUUAUUCGUAAGUCAUACACUUUCAUUUACAAAUCCACCUUUCUCCGUCUCCAUACACACAUAUAUACACACAGAUUCGUAAACAGCUUAACUCUAUUUUCUGAAAAUAUUCGGCUGAUGGAAGACUUGUGUGGGAAAUAUAUUGAGUGCAUUUCUGAAGGUAGAAAUUCAUUACACGAUUUGAUAAUCUCUUCGAUUAGCAUCCAGCAGAUACCAGAGUACUCUGGUCCUGUAACUGAGAGUUAAUGGUAUAGUAUAUACCUCCAUAUAUACAUAUACAUACAUACAUAUAUAUAUAUGUAUAU